AUGGCGCAAAAUCGACACUGGGAGCAGGACAAGGAUGCGACCGUCUACAUCGGCAACAUCGACGAGCGCGCGACUUCGACCAUGGUCUACGAGAUCAUGCUCCAGAUGGGCCCCAUCCACAACAUUCACAUGCCCCGCGACCGUGUCACACAAACCCACCAGGGCUUCGGCUUCGUCGAGUUCCGCACCCCCGGCGACGCAGAGUACGCAGCCAACGUCAUGAACGGCGUCAAACUGUACGGCAAAUCCCUGCGCGUCAACAAGGCGAGCGCAGACAAGCAGAAGCAGGCCGAGGUCGGCGCCGAGCUCUUCGUCGGCAACCUCGACCCCAUGGUCGACGAGAAGAUCCUCUACGACACCUUCUCUCGCUUCGGCCCCCUCCUCACGCUGCCCAAGGUCGCCCGCGAGGACAGCGGCAACUCCAAGGGCUUCGGCUUCAUCUCCUUUGCCGACUUUGAGAGCUCCGACGCCGCCGUCGAGAACCUCCACGGCCAGUACCUCCUCAGCAAGGAGGUGUCGGUCCAGUACGCCUUCAAGAAGGACGGCAAGGGCGAGCGCCACGGCGACGCCGCCGAGCGUGAACUCGCCGCCCAGGCCAAGAAGCGCAACAUUGUCCCCGAGAUGCAGCCCGUCCCCGCCGCCUUCCUCAACCAGCCCCAGCCGCCGCCGGCCGUCGCCCCCGGCGCCCCCCCCGUCCCCGCAGGCUUCGACCCCGCCAACGGCCUGCCGAUGCACCACCAGCACCACCAGCACCAGCACCAGCAACAGCAGCACCCCCAGAUGGCCCAGCCCGGCAUCCCCCCCGGGUUUGGGGCCCCGCCCCCGCGGUUUCCCCGCUUACAACGCCGUGCCCGCCGCCCACGCGACCCUGGCGCUCCCUGGCGUAGAAUCAGGCCAGCCCUAUCGGCCAUCAGCAAAGGGGACAUGCCGCUUCCUCCGGCCUCCCCGCCCGCCCGCCCGCCAGCCAGGCCGGCUACACGAACCCGGCCGACUUCCACCCCGGCAGCGCCCCGGGCAACUUUAGGCCGGCCCCCGGCGGACCCCCGCCCCCGCCUGGCUUUGGCACCGUGCCGCCGCCGCACGGCUUCCCCGCGCCGAGCGGCACGCCUCCUGCGCCGCCGGGGUUCCUGCCGCCACCGGGGUUCCAGCCGCCUGGCUUUCCCCGCAGGUGAGCCGACGAACGGCAGGUUGCGAGAAGGAAAAGGGCAGAGGAACUUUCCCUCCCCUCAAAAAGUAACUAGUAAUGCGGCCCUCCAUGUGCCAAGGGCGAAUGAGGCCAUCGGCCGUCGAACCAGGUGGCUCCCUUUGAUGAGGAGUGGGGAGGCCAUGGUCGCUGCGCUUGCCAAGAGUUGGACACAAUGGUCUGUCUGUCCGCACCUCUCGUCGGGGACUGAGCCGCCUCUAACAGAGAGUAGAUACCCAUGCUUGGAGUUUGGCGUACGUGGGACUGAAAAGGAGCAGCCGUCGGGCCGUAACAGUCUGAAACCUGCGACUUGACAUGAGAAUAGGGUCGAGGCAGAUCGCCUAGGCCGAGGCAUUCGAGUGGCAAGCCAUUUGGUCGGGUUUGUAAAUCACAGUGUAAAAUUCAGCUUGUCGAACGUGGGUCACUUUAAGGAAUUCAUACAUGCAUACCG